ACAGAAACUCUCUGUAAAAACGCGACACCUGUCCCGGCAUAAAUCAUUGGAAGGGAGUGUGGAAAAAAUGAAGAAUGUGGAUGCAACUCUUGCAUCAUUGGUUCGCCACGUAGACGUUUAUAUUAUGCCCGGAAGUAAAGAUCCAGCCAACUUUCUCUUGCCCCAACAGCCAUUGCAUGUCAGUAUGUUUCCACUGUGCAACAAAUCGGCUGGUCUGCACCUGGUCACUAAUCCCUUCCGAUUUGAUCUCCAAGGCAUACGGUGCAGAAAUUAGUCUUAAAAACUUUCGGCUAAUCUUUGUCACAGUUAAUGUUACAUAUACAUGAUGUAUAUGUAGUGCCAAGUUUAGUGAAACUGCACAGUAUGCAUGCAAUGCCAUGAAUGUAUGAUGUCACCGCGACAGAUGAUCUCAUCCUGAAUCACUAGUGACAGCACGUCUUUUUUUAUUCAACGGAUCCAGUAAUCUCGACAGGAAACUGAACCGUUUUUACUUUUAACUGGAAGCUCUUGUGCGAGUCGUGUGCAUUCGCCAAGUGGAAAACUCCUGGACGUUGAGUGGUUUAUAUGGUUUAGAUUGGGGAUCACCAUGCCGCUCGCGAGCGCCGGGAGAUGGAAACCAACGAAUUACGUCGAAAUAAGCGUGAAGAACAGAUUGCCAAAAAACUCCACAUUGAAAACCUGAGGUCCUCCACGGAUGAAGAAGGGGAUAUGCACGAUGCAGACAUUGAGCAAAUCAGUCCUGAGAUGCUAAAUGAUCUCGCCAGUCAGGAUCCGCGAAGGAUGCUGAACGCGACGCAGAACUUUCGAAAGUUGCUUUCUCGAGAACCUGAUCCACCUAUCGAUGCAGUGAUCAGUACCGGCAUUCUGCCGCGGUUGGUGCAGUUUCUGCAGAUGACUGAUCAACCCCGGCUUCAGUUGGAGGCGGCGUGGGCUUUAAGCAAUAUCGCCUCCGGGACCUCCCAGCAGACUCGCCACGUUGUUGAGGUGGGCGCUGUGCCGGUCUUCAUUCGAUUGCUGGAUUCUCCGACUGAGGAUGUUCAGGAGCAGGCUGUCUGGGCUUUGGGCAACAUUGCUGGGGAUGGCACGCAAUGCCGGGAUCUGGUGUUGAACGAAGGAAUCCUUGCUCCACUGAUAAACAUCUUCUCCCGUUCCCAGCCUCUAUCGAUGGUCCGCACUGCUGUGUAGGCUCUGUCCAAUUUGUGCCGCGGCAAAAACCAACCAGAUUUUACUAAGGUGAAAGAAGCUCUGCCGGUUUUAGCCCGCCUUCUGUUCCAUUCCGAUGCGGAUGUGCUGACCGAUGCAUGCUGGGCGAUUUCUUCCCUGGGCAAUGGUCCAAAUGACCAGAUUCAGGCGGUUAUUGAUGCGGGAGUUUCUCGGCGAUUGGUGGGACUGUUGGGUCACGAUGUCCAGAACGUGGUAGCCGCUGCCUUGCGCGCCGUGGGGAAUAUUGCCACAGGAGAUGACCGGCAGACGCAGACCGUUUUGCAUAGCGGCGUACUGCAGCCGUUACAGGCGUUACUGCUUCGCCGCGAUGUCAGAGAAUCCAUUCGUAAGGAAGCCUGCUGGACGCUGUCCAAUAUCACCGCCGGGAACCGCAGUCAGAUUCAGCUGGUGAUAGACGCCGGACUGGUGCCCCUUCUCCUCGAGAUCCUGGGUAAUGCUGAAUUCAAGACGCGAAAAGAAGCGGCGUGGGCUAUAACGAACGCGCUGUCGGGUGGCAGCAGGGAACAGAUUCAGAUGUUCGUGCAAGCGGGAUGUAUUCCGCCCAUGUGCGAUCUCUUGGGCAGCACCGAUGCGCGGAUCGUGCAGGUGGCGCUCGCGGGUCUCGACUGCGUUCUCCGUGUCGGACAACAUCGCCUGGAUGAUCAGGGCCUCAAUCCCCACGCGCUGAUCGUCGAGCAUUGCUACGGGCUAGAUAAGUUAGAAGCACUUCAAACGCGCGACAAUCCGGAUAUCUAUCAGAAGGCAUUGGAGAUGAUUGAGGUCUACUUCGGGGUAGAGGAGGAAGAGGGCGAAUUCGGUGGCGGCGAGCACCCUGUUUACGAUUUCACGGGCUGUCAGCAAGCGUCGCAAGGCGGCUUUUCUUUCUAAGUAUUUUCUAGACGGGACUUUUAAAGAGAAUAACUUUAGCGUGAAAUGAAUGCUUCUUACCAACAUUAGUGUGGACCCUUGUACAGUUAAUUUUUUUCCGACUGGAAGCUAUUAGGGUGGGUACUUUGAGUGCCCAUCAAAAGGUCUUGAAUGCCAAUAAUGAUUUGGGUGUUUUUUCGCUGUUGAAAUUUUAAUCGUUUUAACUACUCGUAAUGUAAAUCUGCGGAAGCAUUCCGGAAGAUAUGUGCACUGGCUGCUGCCGAAUAAAAGCCCGGUGA